AUCAGCAGGGUCAGGGCUGGUCGCCCCCGCCCCCGCCCCCGCCCCGCGCCCCCCGGGCAGGUACAUAAGCCGCGCGCGCGCCGGGACCCGCACACUCCUCGCCGAGACCCCACAGCAGCAUCAUGUACAAGUUCGUCGCUCUCCUCGCCUUCGUCGCCGUGGCGCACGGCAUGGUCCGCCGCGAGGCGCCGGCCGGCAGCACGCAGCUGCAGGACCUGGAGAAGCACGCGCAGGAGUUCCAGAAGGAGUUCUCCAAGCAGCUGAACUCGCUCGCCUCGUCCAAGAACACGCAGGAGCUGCAGAAGGCGCUCAAGGACGGCUCCGACUCCGUGCUGCAGCAGAUCUCCGUGCUGUCCAGCUCGCUGCAGUCCGCCCUGGUGGACGCGAACGGCAAGGCGAAGGAGGCGCUGGAGAAGACGCGCGCGGAGCUGCAGAAGACGGCGGAGCAGCUGCGCGCGGCGCACCCCGACGUGGAGGCCAAGGCGCACGAGCUCCGGGACACGCUGGUGGCCGCCGUGCAGGGCGCCGCCGGACACUCCGAGCGCCUGGCCAAGGAGGUCGCCGCCAACCUCGACACCGCCAACCAGAAGCUGGCGCCCAAGAUCAAGGAGGCCUACGAGGCCUUCGCCAAGAACGCCGCCGAGGUGCAGAAGAAGAUCGCCGAGGCCGCCAAGCAAUGAUCACCCUCUAUUUAUACCCAUUAAUGUAAUACUUUAUUAAAUAGCUUUAUAUAUUUUU